CGCCAGCUCCCAGGGAGCGCGCCCGCCGCGCGCCGGCCGUUGCUGGGCAUGCGCCCUAGGCGCCCCGCACCAACAUGGCGGGCGUGUUCGUGGGGGUGACUUUAAUUCUCGGUUUUCAGUUAUAGCCGGCCGGCGCCCAUUUCUCUUCCGGGAGUUCCGAAAGCGCGGUGGAGCCGGGGAACGGCCGGGUGGGUGCGGGGGUGACAGGUGAGAGGGAACUGCAGGCAUCCAGCCGACCCCGGGCGGGAGGAAGAUGGCAGAGGGCAAGCUGCAGUCGCAGCCAGAUUCUUCAGAAGAAACCCCUCCAGCUGCUCAGAACUUCAUCAUUCCAAAAAAAGAGAUCCACACAGUUCCUGACAUGGGCAAAUGGAAGCGUUCUCAGGCAUAUGCUGACUACAUCGGAUUCAUCCUCACUCUCAACGAAGGUGUGAAGGGGAAGAAGCUGACCUUCGAGUACAAAGUCUCUGAGGCCAUCGAGAAACUGAUCAACCUUCUCAACACACUGGACAGGUGGAUUGACGAGACUCCUCCAGUGGAUCAGCCCUCUCGAUUUGGGAACAAGGCCUAUAGGACCUGGUAUGCAAAACUCGAUGAGGAAGCAGAGAACUUGGUGGCCACAGUGGUCCCUACCAGGCAGGCAGCGGCUGUGCCGGAGGUAGCUGUUUAUCUGAAGGAGUCGGUGGGGAACUCCACGCGCAUCGACUAUGGCACAGGACAUGAAGCAGCCUUUGCCGCUUUCCUUUGCUGUCUCUGCAAGAUCGGGGUACUCCGGGUGGAUGACCAAAUCGCUAUUGUCUUCAAGGUGUUCAAUCGGUACCUUGAGGUCAUGCGGAAACUCCAGAAAACCUACAGAAUGGAGCCGGCCGGCAGCCAGGGUGUAUGGGGCCUGGAUGACUUCCAGUUUCUGCCCUUCAUCUGGGGUAGCUCUCAGCUAAUAGACCACCCGUAUCUGGAGCCCAGGCACUUUGUGGAUGAGAAGGCUGUGAAUGAGAACCACAAGGACUACAUGUUCCUGGAGUGCAUCCUGUUUAUCACUGAGAUGAAGACGGGCCCCUUUGCUGAGCACUCCAACCAGCUGUGGAACAUAAGUGCUGUCCCCUCCUGGUCUAAAGUGAACCAGGGUCUCAUCCGCAUGUAUAAGGCUGAGUGCCUGGAGAAGUUCCCUGUGAUCCAGCACUUCAAGUUUGGGAGCCUGCUGCCCAUCCAUCCUGUCACCUCGAGCUAGGAGGGGCUGAACUACCGAGCUCUCCAGGCCUGACCUCCCUGCCCUAGCUCAGGCUCUCUCCCUGCCCCUCCCUCUGUUCUUUGUUUGAUGAGAGGCUGUUUACUGGGGUGGGUUCUCAGCAUGGGUUCAAGGGAGGCUCAGGGCACAGGGCUGAGGACUUAAGGGAGAAGUGACCAAAGUGUGGCAAAUUUCCUUUCCUCCCUGAGGUGGAGGAGACAGGAGAGGGACUGGGAGAAGGCCUCUACCCCCUACUCCACUCCCCGCUUCCUCUCCUUCCUUUGUCCAGCCCAUUUUGAGGCCUGGACUCUCCUGCACCACUCUUCAGCAGCAGUGGCCUGCUGUUUGCUUUGCUUUCCCUCCCCGAGUUCCACUGCCUUCUGUCUUUCUAGGGGUUGGAACAUUUGUUCCUUGCAGGGGGUCAGUUUCCCAAGCCAUGUGUGUGCAGGUGGGUGUCUGGGUAUUCUGCAGGUUGAGGACUGGGGUUGCCGGCCGACCUGGCCCGUGUUGGUGGGCAACCCACUAAGCUCCUCCUUGCUGUUGCCUCGCACCCGCAGGCACCUGUGUCCAGUGCCUCGUCCUGGCUUUUCUCAUCUCUGGCUCUUGGUUUUGCUGGGUGUCCUGUCCAGAGCCGCACCUAACCCCCCCUUCCAGGGUAGGUAGCCUCAAGAAGCUGCCUUUGGGUAGGUGCUGGACUCCUGGGAAGGCCCCAGCAAGGCUAGCUCACUUUUCUGGAGUGGGGAGGGCUUCCUGACUGCAAGGAGGUGGUGCAGAUGGUGGCAGAGACCAGGCCAGUUAUAGCUGGAGAGCGUGGGCCUCAAGUCGGUUUAUGUCCAGUUGCUUCCUGCUCCUGCGAACCCUCUGGGCCUGAUUCCCUGCCCUUGCAGCAGGAGGAUCAGAAAGCAGCAGCACACUCCCGGGCCCCACCUCCUCAAGCCACCCUGAGCUUUCCAGGAUGAGGGCGCCCAGGCUUUGGGUUUGCAGGUAUUCAGGACUGGGUUGGGGUCCACUGGAGGGCCAGAGUGCUGUCCUGCCAGCUCAGUCUUCUAGGACUGUUCUUGGGCCACUCCAGCCCAGGCUUACCCUGUUGCUCUAUUCUUGCUCUUUAUCUGGGUCCAUGUUCUCUGGAAAGGGAGAGCCCCCCACAAGCACAAUUCAGGGGCAUGACCCUCAGAUCUGGGCCAGUGAUCUGGGCAGAGGAUGCAGAGGUUGCAUCAGGAGCCGCGCGAGCCACAGAAAGAGCUUUCCCAGGAGAUGAUGCCCCUUGCCUGCUUCCCAGGGUCCACCAUUGCCUUCCUGGCUUCGCCACCCUCGGUCCCUUCGCCCCCGCAGCCCCUAGAACCUUCAUUGUUGUUUCAAUUAAAGCCUCUGUUUUGCACCUGC